UUGUCUGUGAAUGUCACUGAUAUGACUGGCAGCCACUUCCCCUCUCAACAUGCCCGCAACGAUGCACCUCACUCUGCUGGUGUCCCUGUUAACAGCGACAGUCAUCAGUGAAACCACCACUUCAUCCAGCUCAUCCACUGCACAAACAACCACUAACAAACCACAGUCACCAACAACAAUACUCCAGACUACCACUGAAAGAAUAACACAUCCAACUACAGCUGAAACGACAACACAUCCAACUACAGCUGAAACGACAACACAUCCAACUACAGCUGAAACGACAACACAUCCAACUACAGCUGAAACGACAACACAUCCAACUACAGCUGAAACGACAACACAUCCAACUACAGCUGAAACGACAACACAUCCAACUACAGCUGAAACGACAGUGCAGUCCACGACCGUCAUCACUUCAGCUUCACCAAAAACGCUGCAGACAGACGACACCACCCCCAGCCCACCUCCUCAAACCACAGCAAACAACCAGACAUCAAAUGAGACAGCUUUACCAACUGAAACAACGCUCCCAUCUGCAUCAGCAUCACCAAACAUCACUGCAACCACCACUGUGAACACAACCGACACAGGUUUUUCACCCGACUGGGAAAAAGAUGACCUGGCGUCAAACCCCGGCCUAGUCGCUAUCAUUUGCAUCUUCUGUAUCGUCCUCGCCCUCGUUCUCGUGGUACUCACAGUGAAAUGUAUCCGAUCGCCGAGAUCCAAUUUUGAGAGGCUCGAAGAUAUGCCGAUGGGCAAAGUGAAUGAGGAGUCUCCGUUCGCCCACUACUCGAAAUGACAGAAUGCGCUUGUGGACGCCGAAGGCCCGGGACGGGUCCAACCUGCCGAACGACUCUGACAUCAUCAGGCUCGUCUUUACGUAGCACUUUAUUCAAUGCCUUUGACCUGCUUAAUUCAUUUUGGUUUUAAUUAAGUGUAAUCAGCUAACUACAACUGUCGCUUCCUCCAUAGUAAAAUCUGAAAAUCAGCCUGAAAGGUAAACCUUCAUACAUAACGCUUGCUAAACUGGUGACAUGUAUAAUCUUGUAAGCACUACAACUCAGAAUUACACUGGUGAUUUAAUAAGAGUGCAGAUUUCGAUUUUACAUAACGCUUUAACAAAGUCAUAACUGGAAUGCACAAGUGUACAAAUGUGAUCUUAUCUGGAGUGGCAUAUAUGACGUAUGAAUUGUGGGGUAUGAGGUCUUCUGUGCAAGCAAAGCUCAGACGCAAAAAGUCACAGUGCUGAGCACAUGUUUUAGACCACCGGCCAGUGUAAGGUUUAUGCCAUAGCUGUUAUAAAUUAACAGUUCUGGUACUUACCAAAAUCAUUCUUUAAUGAUUCUGUAAUAGUUAAACGUGUGCUCUUAAAUUAAGAUCAUAUUUUUAAUGCUAAAAUAUAAAUAUUGUUGGCAUUAUUUUCAAAUUUACUGUUAUAAAAAUAGAAUAAAAAGAGUAAAGGCAUCAUUAGUUUAUGAUUUAAUUAAAUUUGAUUAAAUUACAGUUACUUACUUGCAUUCCUGAACAGAACAAUUACUGCUUGAACGUCAUGCUUGAUUAAUUUCUGACUUCCUACAGACAUCCUCAGUGUGGGUAUUAAAAAACUUGUUUUAAAUGAGCUUUUUGGCAUAUUUCAAA